AUGGCAGUUGCAUUGAAGCCAUUUGUUGCAUGGAGAGCGGCCAAACAGAUGCAUGAAAUGUUAAAGCGGCAAUGGAUAUGUAGCGCUGUCAAUGCCGGCCUUUUUCUCGUAGGUGCUGGGCUACUCAUUAGUGGCAUCGUGGUAUUAGUAAAGGUUUUCCCAGAUAUCGUCACCAAAACUGUUAACAAGAAUAAAGUCUUCGGGCUGAAUGACGACGGAACUCUGAACGACUUCACGAAAACAUGGGCUUAUCCGUCUUAUAUCUCAACGAUGCAGUACUGGGCUUUCGAUUACAAAAACACGAUAGGAAUAUUAAACCGCGCUCUAUACCCAGAUGUAGAUGAAAAGGGUCCGUACGCCUAUGAUGAGACCAUACUUAACUCGCAAAUAAAAUUCGUCGAUAAUGGCGAAAAGAUGCAGUUUGCUCAAGCAACUCAAUAUGUUUUCAAUCCAGCAAAAUCUUGUCCAACAUGCGAUCCGAAGAAAGACACUGUGACCAUCCCCGACAUUAGCUUUUUCGUAUGUUCCUCCUGCUUUGAACUAUUUGAAUUUUAUCUGUUUAGCUUUGAAUGCUCAAAGCUAGGUAUGGCCCAGAUUGAUGCGUUCGUAGAGAAGAUUCUUGGAAACCAACAACUCGAAGGCGUUUGCCAAUUACUUCUCAAAGACAAGUGUCCGAAACUAGCUGAAAUUUUUGAAAGAGAAAUAGGCAGUUUUAUGGAUCUCUUCAAAACAGGGCCAUUUGUUACCGUCACUGUCGAUCAGCUCAUUUUCUCAGGAUACGUUUCUCCACUAGUAUCUCAGCUUGCUGACCGACUUAUCAAGAUAUCCAAUAAGCUUAUAGGUACCGAUAUUCCACUAGUCAACGGAACCGCCUUCACUGUUGCAUUGAACACUGAAAAUGGUACCACGGAUACACUCUAUACCGUACUAACUGGUAAAACGGACUACUCUCGAGCUGGCUACACUAUAUCCUUCACAAGUUUGCAUAAUGAGUCACUCUCAAGUAACGGAGAUAAAUUACCUUCCCAGUGGUAUGCAUUUUCUAUAAAUAUAAUAAUUUUUACGAUAAUUCUGAAGCACGAUAUACAUGGCGACAUCUUCAAAUCGUUUAUAAAGCAGAAUGAAUCGCUGCCGCUUUACAUUUCUGACGUAUGUAGAUCUGCCACACUUAAAUACGAGAAAAAAGUAACGGUACAAGGAAUCACUGGAUAUCGAUAUAUACUACCAGCGGAAGAGUUCGAUUACUCAAUAUCAGACAAUUGUGGAUUCUGUAAUCCUAAUACUCUUAGCAAGUAUGGAGCCUAUGAUUUACCAGUGAAUUCUACUUGUCUUCCAAGCGGUCUACUGGACAUCAGUGGUUGCCAAAAUAGUCCGGUGAUCAUAUCAAAACCGCACUUUUACCAAGCUUCGAACAUUGUGCGGUCAUUUGUUCCACGGUUUAAGCCAACAUACGACAAUGAUGAGACAACACUCGACAUCGAACCGACUACUGGUACUGUUCUGGCUGCUAACAAGCGACUUCAAAUAAACAUGCUUCUCAAUCAAUUCAGUACAAUUGGAGAAUACAGCGUUCUUCGGCCUGGAGCCUAUCCUUUGAUAUGGUUGAACGAAUCCUUCAUAAUGGACAGCGGAACUAGAGACGAUCUCAAUUCAUCCUUAUUUAAACCAAAAAAUAUAGUCAAAAUCAUAUGUUGGUGCGCUAUCGGAGUAGGAAUUACUGCAAGUAGCGAUCUAGUGGAGGAAACUUAUUGCAGAAUAGCAGUCGACAUCAUUUCCAAUAUAUAG